AGCCCCGACUUCAGGGACCGUCGUAAAAGUGUCGCCCCGCGUCUGUCCGACGGCCCGCAGGCUUCCUCUCGCCUCCGGCGGGGGUCGGAACUGCUAGCAUUAAUUUCCCUUAAGAUGGCGGAUGAAGAGGCCGAGGGUGCGGAGAGGAUGGAAGUCAGCACCGAGUUGACCCAAGCCCCUCAGCGACAGGCAUCAUGGUGGGAUCAGCAAGUUGAUUUUUAUACUGCUUUCUUGCAUCAUUUGGCACAGUUGGUGCCAGAAAUUUAUUUUGCUGAAAUGGAUCCAGACUUGGAAAAGCAAGAAGAGAAUGUACAGUUAUCAAUAUUUACUCCACUGGAAUGGUAUUUAUUUGGAGAAGAUCCCGAUAUUUGCUUAGAGAAAUUGAAGCAGAGUGGAGCUUUUCAACUCUGUGGGAAGGUUUUCAAAAGUGGAGAGACAACAUAUUCUUGUAGGGACUGUGCAAUUGAUCCAACAUGUGUACUCUGUAUGGACUGCUUCCAGAAUAGUGUUCAUAAAAAUCAUCGUUACAAGAUGCAUACAUCUACUGGAGGAGGGUUUUGUGACUGUGGAGACACAGAGGCCUGGAAAACUGGCCCUUUUUGUAUAAAUCAUGAACCUGGAAGAGCAGGUACUACAAAAGAGAAUUCACACUGUCCUUUGAAUGAAGAGGCAAUUGCUCAAGCCAGGAAAAUAUUUCCUUCAGUAAUAAGAUACAUUGUAGAAAUGACUAUAUGGGAAGAGGAAAAACAACUGCCUUGUGAACUACGAAUAAGGGAGAAAAAUGAAAGAUACUACUGUGUUCUUUUCAAUGAUGAACACCAUUCCUAUGACCAUGUCAUCUACAGUCUACAGAGAGCUCUAGACUGUGAACUUGCAGAGGCCCAGUUGCAUACCACUGCCAUAGACAAAGAGGGUCGUCGGGCCGUGAAAGCGGGUACUUAUGCUGCUUGUCAGGAAGCAAAGGAAGAUAUAAAGAGUCAUUCAGAAAAUGUCUCUCAACAUCCACUUCAUGUAGAAGUGUUACACUCUGAAGUUAUGGCUCAUCAGAAAUUUGCUUUGCGUCUUGGUUCCUGGAUGAACAAAAUUAUGAGUUAUUCAAGUGAUUUUAGGCAGAUAUUUUGCCAAGCAUGUCUUAGAGAAGAAACUGGCUCUGAAAAUCCCUGUCUCAUAAGCAGGUUAAUGCUUUGGGAUGCAAAGCUUUAUAAAGGUGCCCGUAAGAUCCUUCAUGAAUUGAUCUUCAGCAGUUUUUUUAUGGAGAUGGAAUACAAAAAACUCUUUGCUAUGGAAUUUGUGAAGUAUUAUAAACAACUGCAGAAAGAAUACAUUAGUGAUGAUCAUGACAGAAGCAUCUCUAUAACUGCACUUUCAGUUCAGAUGUUCACUGUGCCUACUCUGGCUCGACAUCUUAUAGAAGAGCGGAAUGUUAUCUCUGUCAUUACUGAAACUCUACUAGAAGUUUUACCUGAGUACUUGGACAGGAACAAUAAAUUCAACUUCCAAGGUUAUAGCCAGGACAAAUUGGGAAGAGUAUAUGCAGUUAUAUGUGAUCUAAAAUAUAUCCUGAUCAGCAAGCCCACAGUAUGGACAGAAAAAUUAAGAAUACAAUUCCUUGAAGGCUUUCGAUCUUUUUUGAAGAUUCUUACCUGUAUGCAGGGAAUGGAAGAAAUUAGAAGACAGGUUGGGCAACACAUUGAAGUAGAUCCUGACUGGGAGGCUGCCAUUGCUAUACAGAUGCAGCUGAAAAAUAUUUUACUCAUGUUCCAAGAGUGGUGCGCCUGUGAUGAAGAACUCCUACUAGUGGCUUAUAAAGAAUGUCACAAAGCUGUGAUGAGAUGCAGUACAAGUUUCAUAGGUGGUAGCAAGACAGUGGUACAGCUGUGCGGUCAUACUUUGGAAACUAAGUCUUACAAGGUGUCUGAAGAUCUUGUAAGCAUACAUCUGCCACUCUCUAGGACUCUUGCUGGUCUUCAUGUACGGUUAAGCAGACUGGGUGCUGUUUCAAGACUGCAUGAAUUUGUACCUUUUGACUUGCAAGUAGAGGUGCUAGUGGAGUAUCCUUUGCGUUGUCUCGUGUUGGUUGCCCAGGUAGUUGCUGAGAUGUGGCGAAGAAACGGGUUGUCUCUCAUUAGCCAGGUAUUUUAUUACCAAGAUGUUAAGUGCAGAGAAGAAAUGUAUGAUAAAGAUAUUAUCAUGCUUCAGAUUGGUGCAUCUUUAAUGGAUCCCAACAAGUUCUUACUACUGAUACUUCAGAGGUAUGAGCUUGCUGAUGCUUUUACUAAGACCAUAUCUACAAAAGACCAGGAUUUGAUUAAGCAAUAUAAUACAUUAAUAGAAGAAAUGCUUCAGGUCCUCAUCUAUGUUAUCGGAGAGCGGUAUGUACCUGGAGUGGGAAAUGUGACCAAAGAGGAGGUCACCAUGAGAGAAAUCAUUCACUUACUUUGCAUUGAACCCAUGCCACACAGUGCUAUUGCCAAAAAUUUGCCCGAGAAUGAAAAUAAUGAAACUGGCUUAGAGAAUGUCAUAAACAAAGUGGCCACAUUUAAGAAACCAGGUGUAUCAGGCCAUGGAGUUUAUGAACUGAAAGAGGAAUCACUGAAAGACUUUAACAUGUACUUUUAUCAUUACUCCAAAACACAGCAUAGUAAGGCUGAACAUAUGCAGAAGAAAAGGAGAAAACAAGAAAAUAAAGAUGAAGCGUUGCCACCGCCACCGCCUCCUGAGUUUUGUCCUGCUUUCAGCAAAGUGGUUAACCUUCUCAGCUGUGACAUUAUGAUGUUCAUUCUCAGGACCAUAUUUGAACGAGCAGUAGACACAGAUUCUAACUUGUGGACUGAAGGAAUGCUCCAAAUGGCAUUCCAUAUUCUAGCGCUGGGUCUCCUGGAAGAGAAACAGCAGCUUCAAAGGGCCCCUGAAGAAGAAGUAACAUUUGACUUUUACCAUAAGGCCUCAAGAUUAGGAAGUUCAGCCAUGAAUGCACAGAAUAUACAAAUGCUAUUGGAAAAACUCAAAGGAAUUCCUCAGUUAGAAGCCCAGAAGGAUAUGAUAACAUGGAUACUCCAGAUGUUUGACACAGUGAAGCGAUUAAGAGAAAAAUCUUGUUUAAUUGUAGCAACUACUUCAGGAUUGGAAUCUAUUAAGAACGAUGAGAUUACUCACGAUAAAGAAAAAGCAGAACGGAAAAGAAAAGCUGAAGCUGCCAGGCUGCAUCGCCAGAAAAUCAUGGCUCAAAUGUCUGCCUUACAGAAGAACUUCAUUGAAACUCACAAACUCAUGUAUGACACCACAUCAGAAAUGCCUGGGAAGGAGGACUCCGUCAUGGAGGAAGAGAGCACCCCAGCAGUCAGUGACUACUGUAAAAUUGCUUUGGGUCCUAAACGGGGUCCUACUAUUACUGAAAAAGAGGUGCUGACGUGUAUCCUCUGCCAAGAAGAACAAGAGGUGAAAAUAGAAAAUAACGCCAUGGUAUUAGCAGCCUGUGUCCAGAAAUCUACUGCCUUAACCCAGCACAGGGGAAAACCUGUAGAACUCUCAGGGGAAACCCUGGACCCACUUUUCAUGGAUCCAGACUUGGCAUAUGGAACUUACACAGGAAGCUGUGGUCAUGUAAUGCAUGCAGUGUGCUGGCAGAAGUACUUUGAAGCUGUGCAGCUGAGCUCUCAGCAGCGCGUGCAUGUGGACCUGUUUGACUUGGAGAGUGGGGAGUACCUCUGCCCUCUGUGCAAGUCACUGUGCAACACUGUGAUCCCCAUUAUCCCGCUGCAACCACAAAAGAUAAACAGUGAGAAUGCAGAAGCUCUUGCUCAACUUUUGACCAUGGCACGGUGGAUACAGACUGUUCUGGCCAGAAUAGAAGGUUAUAAUAUGAAACAUACUAAAGGAGAAAACCCAGUAAUUCCUAUGUUGUUUGAUCAAGGGAUGGGAGAUUCUACUUUGGAGUUUCAUUCUAUCCUGAGUUUUGGAGUUCAGUCUUUGAUCAAGUAUUCUAAUAGUAUCAAGGAAAUGGUCAUUCUCUUUGCCACAACAGUGUACAGAAUUGGACUGAAAGUGCCUCCUGAUGAAAUGGAUCCUCGCGUCCCCAUGAUGACCUGGAGCACAUGUGCUUUCACUGUCCAGGCAAUUGAAAACCUAUUGGGAGAUGAAGGAAAACCUCUCUUUGGAGCACUUCAAAAUAGGCAGGCACAAGAGACUAAGUCCAAGAGACUAAGUCUACACCUCCCUGGACUUUCCAUCUUGCUAUUUGAGAAGCAGAAGAUACAUUUCUGUGUUGUGCUUCCUAACCUAAGAUCAGAAGAUACACCAUGCCUUCUAUCUAUAGAUCUAUUUCAUGUUUUGGUAGGUGCUGUGCUGGCAUUUCCAGCUUUAUAUUGGGAUGAUACUGUCGAUCUGCAGCCUUCAUCAAUUAGUUCUGCCUAUAACCAGCUUUAUCUUUUCCAUCUGAUCACCAUGGCACACAUACUUCAGAUACUUCUUACAGUAGACACAGGACUCCCCCUUUCUCAGGUUGAAGAAGAUAGUGAAGAGGCUCGUUGUGCAUCUUCAUUCUUUGUUGAAAUUUCCCAGUACAUCAGCAGCUGCGCUGGGCACAGUGCUCCUGGCUGGUACUUGUGGGCCGCCUUGAAGAACGGCAUCACCCCUUACCUUCGCUGUGCUGCCCUCUUCUUCCAUUAUGUACUCGGGGUGACACCACCUGAAGAGCUGUUUACCAAUUCUGCAGAGGGAGAGUACAGUGCACUGUGUAGCUAUUUAUCUUUACCCACAAAUUUGUUCCUGCUUUUCCAAGAAUACUGGGAUACCGUAAGGCCCUUCCUCCAGAGGUGGUGUACAGAUCCUGCCUUACUCAACUGCCUGGAGCGGCAAAGCACCGUGGUGAGGUACCCUAGAAAAAGAAAUAGUUUGAUAGAACUUCCAGAUGACUACAGCUGUCUCCUGAAUCAGGCUUCUCAUUUCCGAUGUCCACGGUCUGCAGAUGAUGAGCGCAAGCAUCCUGUCCUCUGUCUUUUCUGUGGGGCCAUCCUGUGUUCUCAGAACAUUUGCUGCCAAGAAAUCGUGAAUGGGGAAGAGAUCGGAGCUUGUAUUUUCCAUGCACUUCACUGUGGAGCAGGAGUCUGCAUUUUCCUCAAAAUCAGAGAAUGCAGAGUGGUCCUGGUUGAAGGUAAAGCCAGAGGCUGUGCCUAUCCAGCUCCUUACUUGGAUGAAUAUGGAGAAACUGACCCUGGACUAAAAAGGGGCAACCCCCUUCAUUUAUCUCGUGAGCGGUAUCGGAAGCUCCACUUGGUCUGGCAACAACACUGCAUUAUAGAAGAGAUUGCUAGAAGCCAGGAAACUAAUCAGAUGUUGUUUGGAUUCAACUGGCAAUUACUGUGAGUUCCUGCUCUGCUUCAAGACAAUCAUGAAUGACAACAAUAAUAAAGACUGAUUUAAAGUUAUGGAUAACUCUCUGAGGGCUGGGGAAAUAGUGGAGAGUUGUUCCAUGUCCACGUUCACUGUUGGAGUAUUGUUUUCAGUCAACAGACAUGUGCUACGAGGGAAAAAUGGCAUAGAUUAAUGUAUUUUAUGCUCUAGAACACUAAAGAAAUGCUUGCCCAACCCAAGUUUCUGCUUCUGAUGUUUCCAGAAAAGUGACUCUCUUUUGUAAUCUGUCUACCUGGUAAGUUAAGUCGUACCAAGCAGUUGUGCACAUUUUCAUGUGGUAACUCUUCUGCAGUUUUGUCUUUGUUUUCCCAAGUGAAGCUCAGCCAAUGCUGGAUCACUGACAAGAUUCUGAGUACCUAUAAUGGUCUUCCUUACAGCUAAAGAGGAAUUGUAGAAACUAUGCAUUACAUUUUAGUUGAGAAAGAUUUCAAAAAAGUAAACUUCAUGUGCCAGUUGGGCUUGGUGGUGCACACCUAUAAUCCCAGCACUUGGGAGGCUGAGGCAGGAGGAUUGCUGCAAGUUCAAGGCUAGUGUGGACCAGAUAGUGAGUUCAAAGCUAGCCUGAGCUGCAUAGCAAGACCUUACCUUAAAAUAGGAAAGUAGACUUCGUUAUUUCUCCUUUAUAUAAAUAUCCUUAUGUGCCACCUGCUACUGUAAACCAGAAAUUAAUGUGAAUCUCUUAAAAGGACAGAGUGGAGGUGCUGCCAGCAUGCAGUAGGGUCACCCUGUGCAGGCCUGGAGAUGAGUUAGGAUCAUGUAUUCAUUAUUCAUUUCUCAGACUAUCCAGAUAGCUCAGCAGAUUAAAGCACCUACUUAGGCAAGCACAGGGACCGGGAUUUGAUCCCCGGCAAGCUGU